AUGCCAGGCCAAGCUGAAGCUCAUGUCGGUGCCCAGACCCAACCCGAAACUCAAACCCACGACGACAACACUCUCGAAGGUCUCGACUCGCUAAUCCAGUUCUGUCGAGUCAGGCUGGAUUCAUUGCGCGCCGAUGCCAAACAAAAGCGCUCGGACGUCGUACAAGCCUUCCACGAUCAUCAUGCUGGUCUCAUAUCAACCUACGAUGCCGGUUUCAUCGUAGGCAAGUACCAAGGGUUCCUAGAAGUGAUGCGAGACAUCACCAAGCCGAGAUACCUCGCACAACUCAAGCUAGCCGCAGCCAGCAGCGUCAUCGUCUUGCAACUUAUGCACAAGAUCAAGGUCAAGAAGAUGGCGGACGACAGUGUGAAAGUGGGCACGCUGCUCUCAAUCUUGACGAAUCGUACUUCUGACAGCGCGCCUGAGCUCUGGGCGCAGCAGAGGGAGGCCACCAAAGAUCUUCGUGACUUCUUGGAAAGUGUGGAAAUGGAACAGAUCGAACAGUGGCGUCAAGGACGUGGCAAGAUCACCCUGGAGCAGAUCGCGAUCCGUGGGCAGGCUGCAAUGACGUUCGUGGAAGUAUGUGCUGCGCGCGAGGAAGCAGUCGAUCGCCUGAAGAAGAUACGGGAAGAGUACGGAGAGGCGUUCCUGGCGAACUUCGACGAGGAGUAA